AUGAUCAGUUCCCAUGGAUCCAACACUUCAUCAUCAUCAUCAACAGGAGAUGGAGAGCCAAAGAUCAGAUGCAUAGAAGCGGAGAGACAAGCACUCCUUAAAAUUAAACGUGAUCUUCAAGGAGUAUCCAACAACAUUGGUGAUCCUCUUUCUUCUUGGGGGAAUGAAGAGGAGAAAAGAGACUGCUGCAAGUGGCUCGGGAUUCAGUGUUCCAGCAAGUCCGGUAAUGUGAUCAGCCUCGAUCUUUCUCCGUCGACUUUUGCCUCGAUUAUUGCAAUUACCUCGAGUUAUGAAACCUUAAGAGGUAAGAUCAGUCCUUCAUUGUUUGAGUUGCGAUACCUGACUUAUUUGGACCUUGGUUUCAUCGAUUUCAAUGAAAGCCACAUCCCAAGUUCUAUAAGUAGUCUUAGCCGAUUAAGAUACCUCAAUCUGUCUAACGCUUUCUUGAGUGGAGAAAUUCCUCGUCAGUUUUCAAAUCUUUCAAGCUUGGAGGUUCUUGAUCUUGGCUCUACAGGUUUAGUUCCAACCAAUAUCCUGGAAUGUGCUUCUAAUCUGUCUUCUUUAAGAACCCUUGUCCUUACUGAUACCAACUUAGGCAAAGCAAGUGAUUGGGUGCAGGGAGUUAACCAACUUUCUAGCCUAACAAACUUGCAGUUAAGCUUUUCUUAUCUUCCAAAUAUUAGUAACAAUCCUUCCUCUCUCUCCUUUGUCAAUUCUUCGACAACUCUUUCCUUCCUUGAUCUUAGGAGAAAUGAUCUUUCUAAUUCUAUAUACCCAUGGUUGUUGAACCUUAAUAGCCUUGUUUAUCUCGAUCUCUCACUAAACCAGUUAGAAGGUUCUAUUCCAGAAGCUUUUGGCAAGAUGGCAGGCCUGAAAAACCUCGAUCUCAGUUACAAUUGCUUAAGUGGCUCUAUCCCAGAAAUUUUUGAGAACAAGAGUGGUCUUGAGUACCUUGAUCUUGGUUUUAAUAUGCUGCAAGGUCAAAUCCCAACACCCAUUUGGAACCAGAGUAAACUACGUUCAUUGAUUAUGGGUUCAAAUAAUUUUAGUGGCCAUCUCCCUCAAACUGCUUUCCAACAAUUGAAACAACUAGAAAUUUUGGAUAUUUCUAGAAACUCUAUGGGAGGUUUGCAUUACAUACAGCUUGCGUCUUGCAAGUUGGGCCACCGGUUCCCCAGAUGGCUUCGAACUCAAAAGAACUAUUACUUUCUUGAUAUUUCCAGCUCGGAGAUUUCGGAUACCAUUCCCGAUUGGGUAUGGUAUCCGUCUACUCGUGAGGAGGAGUCGAUAUAUUUGAAUCUCUGGAGCAAUAAAAUCAAGGGAGAAUCGGAGAUGUAUCACCAGAUUUUCAAGCAAAUAUUUGGAGAUGGAGCCUUAAACUUUCUCGAUGUUUCGUAUAAUAAAUUAUCAGGGCAACUUCCUGAUUGUUGGUCGCAUUUUAAAGAAUUACAGGUUCUUGAUUUGAGAGAUAACAAUUUAUCAGGAAAAAUUCCAAGCUCCAUUGGCUCUUUAACUGCCAUCGACAGAUUGAUAUUAGCUAACAAUAGUUUUAUCGGGGAGAUACCUUCAACCUUGAAAAAUUGCAGAGAGUUGUUAAUUAUCGACUUUGGAGAGAACAAGUUAUCAGGGCCAGUUCCGACAUGGAUGGGGGAAAAUAUGCCUUCUCUUGUUAUUUUCAGCCUGCGAUCCAAUUAUUUUGAUGGGAGCAUACCUUCCUAUCUAUGUCAUCUAAAACAUCUUCAACUGCUGGACUUAUCUUUAAAUGACAUCUCAGGAAGGAUGCCGGCGUGUUUUCAUAAUUUUACAGCGAUGAAAGUAAAUGAAAUCAACGACUUGAAUAUGAAAAACCCCAUUCUUAUAAGUGGUUUUAAAUAUGUUGAGCGCCUAUAUAGAGGAGAAGUACAAGUCGCAUGGAAGGGAGACUUGAAGAUAUUGCAAAGUACUAUUUUCCUUGUGAAAAGCAUUGAUCUGUCAAGCAACAAGUUGAUUGGGGAAAUUCCAAGAGAGAUAACUCAGCUUUCUGGAUUAGUUUCGCUGAACUUGUCAAGAAACAGUUUAAGUGGACAAAUCCCUUCGGAGAUUGGUCAGUUGACAUCUUUGGAUGCUCUUGAUUUAUCAUGGAACCACCUUGUUGGUCAAAUUCCGCCAAGUCUCACUCAUAUAGAUCGCCUAAAUGCAUUGGACUUGUCAAACAACAAUUUGAAUGGAAAGAUUCCAACAAGCACUCAACUCCAGAGCUUUCCCUCUGCAUACACGGGGAAUGUCGGGCUGUGCAGAGACCCACUUCCGAAGAAAUGUCCAGAUGAAGAACAUGAAAGUACCUUUUCUAGAGCUUUUGUUGAAGAAGUUCAUGAUGAGCUUUUGGACGGGGGAUUUUACAUUAGUAUCGCACUUGGAUUCGUAGUUGGAUUUUGGGGAGUUUGUGGUGCAUUAAUCUUCAACAAGUCUUUUAGAUAUGCAUAUUUCGAGCUAUUAAAUGAUGUUGGAGAUUGCAUUUGCGUAAAGGCAGUAAUGCACAAGGCCAAACUACUGAGAAUUAUUAAAAGCUAA